CGCGACGAUCACAGGAUCGCCAGGGUUUACUUUCGUUUUGAGAUUGGACGUCUUUGCCACUUAUAUCGUGUGUAUUACCUGAAAAAGAAUAUAUAUACAGGGCGUUUUUCAGUACAGUCCGACAAUAGUUGCCGUCAUGAGAGGAUUUAUCUGCGUUGUUCUUCUGGCUCUAAUCGGCGCUUCACUGGCGAAAAUCUCUUCACCCACGGUUCAGGUGUAUAGCCAUAAGAAAGAAGAGGAUGGCAAGCCCAACACCUUGAUCUGUCACGUGACCAAUUUCUACCCACCAGUGAUCACCAUCGAGCUGUUGAAGAAUGGCAAGCCAAUGGCCAUGGUUAAAGAGAAAGACCUGGCAUUUGAGGAAAACUGGUAUUACCACCUGACCAAAUUUGCGAACUUCACCCCGGAAAAAGGCGCAAAAUACACUUGCAGCGUAACCCACAACGAGAAAACGAUCGAGCACAUUUGGGAAUCAGAUCUUUAAGCUAUAAUCUGUGCCUAGUUCCAGUUGUGCUCAGUCUGGAGGAGACCCAUUUUGACUUUGAUGAGCAGCCAACAAUUUUGAUUUGUGGACAAAAUAAGACGUCGUCAGGUUUUGGAGGCACCAAUGAACAUACUUUAAUAUUUUGUGAAAUCAGCAACUGACUAAUGGAUUAUGAAAAUGAUUGUUAGUUGCAGCCCUAGCUCUCAGCAACAGGUUUCUCUAUGUUUUUAAAGGAUAUAGUGGUUUUAAAGGGAUAGUUCAUGCUUGUUGAAGUGUUGUUGUAUGAGGUAUGGACACAGUUGACCAUGGCCAAUCUGGAAUUGCCAUUAUCUCUGAACUUUUUGACAGUACUAGAUGUCCAGGAAAUUCACACCAAUUAGACCAGCUGUAAAUCACCACAUGACAACACUCCUUCGAUCACAUCAGUGAAUUUCUGAUGAUCAUUCGGACGCACACAUGGAAAA